AGCGGUACCUGGAUGAAGCGGAGCGGGAGAAGCAGCAGUACAUGAAGGAGCUGCGGGAAUACCAGCAGUCAGAGGCCUACAAGAUGUGCACGGAGAAGAUCCAGGAGAAGAAGAUCAAAAAAGAGGACGUGGGCUCUGCGGCAGUGAACACCUUGCUCAAUGGGCACCCGCACAAGGUAAGGCCCUGGCAGGUCUGCUCGUGUCCCUGCUGACGCCGCGAGGUCCCGGCAGCCCGGGAGGCCGAGCUCCGACGCCUGCGGAAGAUGAACACGGAGUUCGAGGAGCAGAACGCCAUCCUGCAGAAGCACACAGAGAGCAUGAACUGCGCCAAGGAGAAGCUGGAGCAGGAGCUGGCCCAGGAGGAGAGGCAGACCCUGGCCUUGCAGCAGCAGCUCCAGUCUGUGCGACAGGCCCUCACCGCCAGCUUCGCCUCCCUCCCCAUCCCCG